GUUCAAGAAUAGACAUUUUGGAACAAGUUACGCCAGGAACCAUCAAACGCUUUCGCCUGUGUAGGAGAGGACUACAUAGAAAUAUUUCGAGGGGAUUACACGCUGUUUGAAGGUGGUGGGCGGUGCAUCUUUGUUAAUAAUUUGGAUGGGGAUGUUGGUAAAGUAAUAGUUGUCUAUAAGUGCGUAGAUAUAUACCCUUCAAUAGGCUUCUAUAACAUCAGCACUCUCAGUAGGUGCUGUACACUAAUGCAUUACAAUGGAGCAAUAAUGUGUGUUUUUAAACAGAAUUUCACGGGUGAAACCAAACAUGCCAUGGUUUAAUUUAUUAUGUCUAUUCGAUCCGACUAAUGUGGUUACGACGGAGAAAUAACUGCCACAUCAAUAUAGGAGGCUUCUAACUGUUGGUGACGUACAUUCAUUCCUGGAUACACUCGUAUGUUAGUGACAGUAAUCGCAGUCCUUGUUUUCCUCCUGUCCUUGUUGCCAGCGCUGGGCGCCAGUGUCCAGAGAAACACACCGGAAUUAGUGGUGACAGGGAAUUUAGGAUCAAGGAAUUCCAUUCGUUACUCACAUUAUUAAUUUCUCGUCGCCUUGACAUCGGUAAACGCGGAGAAUUAGUGAAACAUAGGCGAAUUAUUGGCAUUUUAAGCCAUGUUUUGUUUUGUUCCUGAUGCCACAGUGGUGAACACACAGUUGUCGUAGCUCACUGUCGUGUCCACGGUGUCCGGGAAUAGCCAAUGAUACUAUAACGGAUAUACAACGCCGCUCAUCAACCGUCACACAGCGUUAUAUUUUGGUGUUCAGUGGUUCAAGGUGGCCAUUGCCUAUCUUGUUAAUCGGAUUUACAUAUCUAUCUACCGAGAUUGGAUUCCCUUGACAGCAUUUUGAACAACUAUAACACGAUGUCAGAAACAUUGGUCAGUUCCAAGAUGCGCUCUGAAAAUAACAACACGUACCAUUGGAAGCCGGACACCAAGAGGGCCGCGCCUUGUACAUGUGCUCGGUAUACACAAAGCAAUGCGUGUGCUUUAAAACACCGUUUCGGAGUUCGGAUACAUAGUGGCAUUAGCGAAAGAACGUCACCCAAGACGAAGGCUGACAAAGUGAGUUUCUGUGAUAACGAAAUCUCGAGCCAACCGAACGAGAUCUCAGGCCGCCAACGGCAGCCUAGCCCCACCACCUAUUCCGAGGUGAUAAUCUUAGACAGCAUACCCCCGGGACCCUGGCCAAUCAAACGAUCAGCUAGCUUGGAAAGCCGAGACAACCCAUUCGUCCCCGGAAGCGAUCUCUGCAAAGAAGCUGAGGAGAUUUUACAGAAAGCAACGAUAAUACGUGAUAGGUUCAUCUUAAGGGAUGAGGCAGUUGAUACACCGGAUGGGGAAGUGACGUCAGAGACACAAUCGCAACCUAACUCUCCAGGAAAUGGAAAAGACUGUUCUGUAGUGGAGGAAGCACUUUCCCCACAAACUUCAGCCCCUGUGAACACUGCUCCAAAAGCUAGACAGAAUGGUAAAAUAGACGAUUCAGUGUCGCCGACAACUGUUAAAGUGGAGGUGGGUGGGGGUCAGUCAGAUGGUCUCACCGUCGUUGGAGAUAGCAAAGACAAAAAGAAACAAAAGAAGUGCUGCAACAUCAUGUAGCAUCGCCUGGACACGCCAUUAUACUGGAUACAUCCAUUAUCAUUCAUAUUAUCCGUUUGCUUGUGCCCAUGUAUUCAUCUCCAUACACCAUAUACAGAGUGUCUAUUGUGGAGGCUUUCGACAUGCUAGCAGUUUGAAAUGAAGCAAACCUUCCAAGUGGGAUAAAGAGACAGGAGGACGUGUUCAGCGUUUUCCUUGUGUCGACAUUGUUAGUGUUUUUCCUUGUGUCGACAUUCGGUGUAUAAAUUCCUAGUUUUACUUCAAACAUAUCUUAUUUAUUCAAUGUCACCUUUGACGUCAUCAACGUCGAUUACAAGUGAUAUCAUGUUCGUUUUCGCUUCACACCGUCUAUCAAACCUGCAGUCAUAGCCAACUGUGUUCAUCAUCGUAUACACGUCACGUUCUGUUACAAAAUCUUAUUUUCCCUUUGAUGCAGAAAACCAAAAGAUAUAUAUAUCAGGAUGUAAUUAUUGAAACGCGUACAGGUCUCCCUUUGGCUGUCCACGGCUACGUUACCCAUUGGCUGCAGUGUUACAUAUACCAAAUACGAGUUUGAAUUUUGAAGUGCAUUUUUUCUUGUGAAAACAGGAGUAAGAUAACUUCAGUUUGAGUUUCAAUAUAUGUAGAAUUGAUGAAGGAUUACGUUUGAGCCAUUGGAAAUUUUAAGUAGGUGUAUCUGGAUAUUGGAGUCUAUCUCGGGUGAUGGAGGUGUGUGCAUGUCAAGGAUCAGACAUAUUGCCUCAUUAAAAGGCGUCUGCCAUGUUGGAUAGCCUUCUGCGACAGAUUGAAAGUUUCGAUUUUGUAAUUGCCGCAGGAUAAUCCAAUUUUACUUCAAAUUGAUGAAUGCCGACGAAAGAAGAAAUAUUUCGUGAAAGGAAUGUGAAAUGAAUUUAAGUCCUGCUUGUGGGAAAUGUAAACAGAAAGAGACUGGUUCAACGUCAGUGAAUUGAUAUUUCGUCAGUUGGUGUGAGAUUUGGGAGAAGUGAGGUUAUGGAGACGUACGUCGAAGCUGUAGGGUGCUGUGAAUUUUUUUUACCCUCUACCAAACAGAAGUUGAACAAUGAUCCUCCAUUUUCGAUUUUGUUCGGGUUCGUAGUCAAUGUCAAGGAAGAUUUCGUGUUAGGAAAUAUUUCUUAAUUUCGUUUUUGUUUUAAUUUAUAGCGCAUCGUUAACUGAUUUCGCUGAAUAUGCUAUAUAUAAGUGAUAUUGUACAGUCCCAGACAAGUCUUAUGUAUUAAUUUGUUGAUUUUUCCCCUCGUCGACAGUUAUACUGUUUGCUUCUGUCUUGUCGUUCGCAAUCCGUUAUUUUAUCAAGUAGCAAUUAUGAGACAUUGAACUGUUGACCCGAUGACGUCGUCUUAAAAGAAAUAUGCCACACUUUCAAAAAACUCAAAAUCAAACCAGAAGAAAGAUAUAUAUAUAUAUAGGGAGAGGCGAAGAUAAUUUACGUUAAAUUAAAUAAUAUAUUUUUUGCAUUAGUGAUAUGUUUUGUUCUCGUGACGUUUUGUUCCAUGUUUCCACACCGAAACCAGCAUGGAAUAAAAUGAUAAACACAUGUUCA